UACUGCAGCCGGCUCUGAGCGCAGCAUUAGGGUAGAGGAGAGACAGAGAGCCGCUGGUGUGGACGCUGGCCUUAUGGUUAAAUCUAACCUACAGACGAUUUUGAAUAGUCAUUGUUUUGUUAGAGAAAAAGAGAGAAACUUAACCGAAAUGCCUGUUAUUGAACAAUCCAGUAAUAAACCUGAAAGUGGAAGUACCUCCAAUCCCAGGAGGUGCUCCCGCUGUUGCAGUAACCCGUGUCCGGGGCCUCUGUGGUGCUCCGAUGCCCCUCUCCCACCCCUGAAGAUCCCAGGUGGGCGAGGGAAUGACCAGAGGGAUCGCAAUCUUUCAGCUAAGACAUUCUAUUCUGAUACUCAGUUGCUGGUUCUUGAGGAGCCCCCCCCUGCCAACGGCAGAGUGCGCUUCCUGCUCUUUGAGCCCCGUCGCUCGGAGGGCAAGCACUGUGUCUGGAGGGCGGCGCUGAAGGGAGAUAAUCUUUAUGUGGAAAUCCCUCCUGGAGCUUUGCCCGAGGGCAGCAAAGAAAGUUUUGCUCUUCUGCUGGAAUUUGCAGAAGAGCAGCUGCAGGUUGAUCACGCGUUCAUCUGUUUUCACAAGAGCCGUGACGACAGAGCUUCCCUGCUGCGUACUUUCAGUUUCCUGGGCUUUGAGAUUGUGAGACCGGGUCAUCCCCUCGUCCCCUCCCGCCCCGACGCUUUCUUCAUGGCUUACAGCAUCGAGCGAGACUCCUCUGAUGACGAUUAAAUAACGCUGAGCAGUUACAGAUGUUUGUUGUUCUUAUUUCAAUCCAUACGCUACACAGCUUUAUGAUUCUUACGGGAAAUGAAUAUAUUAUCCAAAUACAAUGUGCUUGAGGUUUCCUUUCUGUUUGCUUCACCUGCCAUGUGCUGUGUUUCAAUUAUAUUUGCACUAGGGUAAGAUGUUAAUGUACCAGGAAUGUAGAGUAAGCGUUCACUUACUAUCCGGGCAAUGUGUCCUCACCACUGUAUCCAUGAUGUGUAGUGCCAAUCCCUCUCCCCCCCUCCUCCUCCGAUGAUCAUCUCCACAGUGUGAUAUUUAUGGUAAAUUUAAAUUAAUCCUACUCCUGUCAGUAGAAAUGUUUCAAUAGCAAGUACCAGUUGAUUCCUUUUUUUUUUUUUUUAAACGUGCGCAUGAUUCUAAUUUGUUGCUUUAGUUCACGUGAUAGAAAUCUGCAUGUUGUAACUACUAAAUAAAAGUGCUCACCUAAGAAA